AUGGAACAAGCUUCAAACAAGGAAAUCGUCAUUAGCGAUACGCCGUCGCAAUGCUGGAUCGGCGAGAGUCAAUUCAAAGGCUCAGAUAAGAAUAAAUGGAAAGCCUCCAUGAAGAAUUACAAGUCAAGCCUGGAAAAGGUCAAGUCUGGUAAAAUGAAGAAGCAAGUUUCUGAGAAAAGCAUCUACGAGAACUUCGAACAGCAAUAUCCCGGAAGGAAUCUUCAGGAAGACAUCCAGCUAUUUGAUAGGAAUGGAGUGCCAGAGGAAUUCAAAGAUUGCGGAAAACGGGACGCAGGAGAAGCAUCGAAAUCUUCAGAAGACAAUGCUCAAAAACAGAAGCGACAAGCGAGACGCCUCAAAGCACACCCCGCUCAAAUCACCUCAGCCAUGCCACCCACCCUUAUAUCCUGCACCGAACAACGUUGCCAAAUAACUCACUGCGCCGCUCUCGUCAUCAGAAAUCGCGCGAUAAUCAAACAAUACUACGAUCCAACGUUCGUCUAUCUCGAAGCUAAAAACGUGGAGUAUCAGAAGGAGAUUAAAGCCCUCGAAAAGAAGGAGGAAUGGAAAGCCGCACAUAAAAUGAGAGAGGAAUGGUAUGAGUCGCUGUCCGAAGAGGGCCGAGUUAGAGAUGAGAAGAAUCGAUGUGACGCUUUGGCAGAGGCGGAUUUUGUGAAGCAUUGGCCGGCUUUACCCACUAUCAGAAUGAGCAAGCCGCAACCUCAAUACAUAUACUGCUGCCACUCGACCCGGAACCCGGAUUCAUGUCAUUUACACCUGUUGAUGAACCUUGCCAGCAACACGAGCUAUUACCGCGAUCUUAAGAAGCAACUGGGACUCAAAAUUCGCCACUUGCGCGAAGAACGUGAGCUUUUAAUUCGCUUUAACAGCCACAAUCACCACGAUCAGAGGAUUCGCCAAUUGAACAGGCAAAUGAAGUUCGUUCGCGUGAACCAGCUUGCUAAGGUAGAUCCAUUGAAAGAGAAGCAAGAUCGAUACGUGAUCGGUAUAUUUGAGAAACAUUGGCCAGGGGUGGACUGGCAAACGUAUGAAUCCCAGGCAUACUCGCAGCUUGAAGAUGAGGAUGAUGUCGAUGGGUCUUCGAUGACUUUGCAGCACGGAGAUCGAGGGAAUAUAGAUGAGAUUCAGGAAAAUGAGCAGUCUGGAGAAUGGGAAGGUGUGCAGGAAAGCGAGCAGCACGGGGCUAUAGAAGACGUGGAUGAGGCUCAGGAAAGCGAGGAGUACGAAGACGAAGAAGAUGUGGAUGAGACUCCGGAAACUUUGCAGCACGGAGAUGGAGGAGUUAUGGAUGAGGUUCAGGAAAAUGAGCAGUCAGGAGAAUGGGAAGGUGUGCAGGAAACUGAGCAGCACGGGGCUGGAGAAGAUGAGGAUGAGGCUCAGGCAGCCGAUCAGGACGAUAUUUCUGAAGUCCUUGAUUUCGGCGAGGGCGAAGACCUUGAGCCAGGUAUGAGUGUUUUCAGAGAGUUAUUUUCUCCAGUUAGGUAG